AUGGUUCCAACUCCAUUCAAUCCUCAUCAAGAAGCCGAUGAUGAUAAAGAUGAUAUCAUCUAUCCAGAAGGUGUUGAAGAGCAUCAUCCAUAUCAAACUGUAGCUCGUUAUCGAAGAGCCAUUGGAGAAUCGACCAAUUUUCGUGUAAAACCACUCCUUGUUGGUGAAGACUCAGUAGAAACACUUGUGCUAGGAUUGGAAAACUUUGCUCGGCAAAAAAACUGUACUUUGACUUUUGCAGGUGAAGAUCAACAGUUCAGCAAUAGUAUUUACCGCGCAGCAGCUGGUCUGGUUGAUAUAGGUAGUAUUCAUCUUUUAGCGGCUGAUUCUUUACUUACGGCUAACUUUGAAUUCGGAAUCGAUCUUACUUAUGAUCCAGAGAUUUUUCAAUCAGAAGAUCAUAUACAAAAAUUUGUACAAGACUUUUGUGAAGCUAUUUCCAAUGCAGUUUCUUGUGAUAACAGUAAUGUUCGCGUGUUUUCUAUCAACAAAAUAGCUGAUGAAGAAGGAAAAGGUCAAGUAAACUUUGGUUUAACUACACCAGAACCAAAGAGAACUGAAGAGUUGGCUCAUGAUCUAAAGAUUUAUGCGAGUUCUGGCUUUGGAACUGACACGAUUCUUCAAUAUGUUAAACCAGCCGAAUAUGAAUGUAUUUGGAAACCGGCUCUUAACUAUUUACAAAUAAGACCCAGUGAUUUAGAUCCUCAAUUCAACUUUGACUAUAGGCAACCUGAUCUACCUAAAGAAGAGACGCGAGGAAGUUAUCCAUAUUAUUGUCCACUUGGCUGGUUUUGUCAUGCACUCAAAGUUCUCGAUAAAUAUGAUAAAGACGUUACUUGGAUUGGUUGUAUAAACGCUGAAGGAGAAUGGCCUGUUGCUUUUCAUGGAACACAUUCUGGUGCAGUUAGUAGUAUAGUACAACGGGGUCUAUCCCCAGGUGCUGCCAAAACUGAUGUUAUGAUAGGUGAAGCGAUUGAACAAAUAGAUGAAGAAGCAAAUCGUCCAGGUCUUUAUGUAGCAACACAUUGUGAAGGAGGAUCGUAUCCUCAAUAUACUGUACCGUUCACUGUGACUACAUUUCCUGAUAAGAGCGAGCAAUUCAGUAUGGUUUUUCAAUGUCGAGUACAACCUGGCAAGUUUACAACUCAUACAAGUCCUGUUAGUGUAGGUGAAGCAUGGCGUAUUGUUGAUCCUAAUUCGAUACGACCAUAUGGGAUUUUACUCAAAAAAGAACGGCCAACCGAAGAAGAAGUAGAAAGUUCAACUGAAGAGAAAGUGAAAAGUUCAUCCGAGAACAAUGUAGCAGAUUCAACCAAACAAAACGAAGAUAAUACAACCGAAACAAAGCAAGAAGAUUCAACCGACGAAGUACAAGAAACUUCAGAAUAA